AUGAGCGGGAGGAAGAAUGCGGGCAAGGUUUCCCCCUGGUUGCUCGUCCUCAUCUCUUUAGGAUGCUUCUUUGUGACCUACAACCUCCUGACGAUGCACGGCCGGGGACGGGAUGGGCCGCGCAAGUUCCUCGGCGGCGGCGAGGAUCGCGACUCAACGGGCUCUGGUUCGGACCCCGCGAAGCGGUUCCACGUCGCGCUUACGGCGACGGACGCACUGUACAGUCAGUGGCAGUCGCGGAUAAUGCACUACUGGUACAAGGAGAUGAGGGACCGACCUGGUUCCGACAUGGGUGGCUUCACUAGGAUCCUUCACUCGGGGAAGCCUGAUGGAUUGAUGGAUGAGAUGCCCACCAUGGUGGUUGACCCCCUUCCUGAAGGCAAGGAUAAGGGAUAUAUUGUCUUAAAUAGGCCUUGGGCGUUUGUCCAGUGGGUCCAGAGAGCAAAGAUCGAAGAAGAGUAUAUACUAAUGGCAGAGCCAGAUCAUGUCUUUGUGAAGCCUUUGCCAAACUUAGCGCAUGGUGAUGAACCAGCAGCAUUUCCAUUUUUCUACAUCAAACCAACUGAGAAUGAGAAGAUAUUGAGGAAGUUUUUUCCAGAAGAAAAAGGGCCUGUUUCAAAUAUUGAUCCAAUUGGCAACUCUCCAGUUAUAAUCAAGAAGGCUCAGCUUGAGAAGAUUGCUCCAACCUGGAUGAAUGUUUCAUUGAAAAUGAAAGAGGAUCAGGAGACAGACAAAGCAUUCGGAUGGGUCUUGGAAAUGUAUGCAUACGCUGUUGCUAGUGCACUGCACGGUGUGCGUCAUAGUCUCCGUAAAGACUUUAUGAUUCAGCCUCCUUGGGACCUGAAAACGGACAACACAUUCAUCAUCCAUUAUACAUAUGGAUGCGAUUAUUCAAUGAAGGGUCAGCUAACUUAUGGGAAAAUUGGUGAAUGGCGUUUUGACAAAAGAUCUUACCUUCAAUCACCACCACCAAGAAAUCUUUCACUGCCCCCUCCAGGAGUUCCUGAAAGUGUGGUCACUCUUGUGAAGAUGGUUAAUGAGGCGACCGCAAACAUUCCGGGGUGGGAGGAUGAGAGAUGA